CUGACAACAACGACGCCGGGCUCGCUAAGAGAAAAAUUAAAAAUUGGAGAAAAAAAAAGAAAAGUUUUAUGCAGAAGAAACGUAUAGAAUGAAAGACGUUUGAAAUUUCUGAAUUUUAUUAAUAGUGUCAAUUUGUGUAUCACUAUAUUGUAAAGAGUUGUUUUUGAAAGAAAUGUUGAUACUGGAUAUGAGAAUCUUGUGAAUAUUUCAUCGAGAAAAGGUACUGUCAUGUACAUCUUGUGACAUCUAUUGACUCACUUGACUGUUGACCUUUAUGAUGCUCUCUGCUGGUUCUAUAGAAAUGUAUGGAAUAAAUUGCCAUGUCUAUCAUUUACACCAAUAAAACAUCCUACUAUGGCUGUUGGUAGAAAUAUGCAUAAUAUGAGCCUGAGUAUGGCUGUAUGGAAUGUAUAAACUUUCUUGUGCACCAUACACGUGAAACACACAUUUUUCUAACUUUCAUGUGCACCCCUGGUGGAAAGUUCAAAUUUCAUCCGCCGAAUAUUUACGCCGGUUUACAGCAUGAUAAGUUUUCAUACUCCAAAUCGAAAUGUGUGCGUUGCCACUAAAUUACGCCAAGCAACAUACAAAUGAGACGAAUGGAAAAGUCAGAUAGUAUACUUAUUGGCCGCUGUGACAUUUUCAUGUGACGUCACGGCCACCAUGUUGGUGUACAACAAUGUAACAUCAGUUUUCAACCUAAUCAAACUUUAGUAAAUUCGUGCAACAGUAGCAACACUGCAACUAAUAGUAUAUGGCAAGUUUUAUUAUCAUUUCCAAUCUUCGAUGUGUCUUUACGCCAGAAAAGUAUGCCAAAAAAUUAAACCAAUUUUUACGCCAAUUUUGGCGUGAAGACAAAGGAGCCACACCAAAGAUCUUCGGUGCAACAUGCCAACUUUCCACCAUGGAUGUGCACCAUGCAAUUGUGCACAAAACGUAUCCAGUGGUGUGCGCUAAAUUAUAGAUGUCACAAGACCACAUGCUAAUGAUGUUAAAUAAUAUUAUUUCCAAGUUAUACAUGGAAAGAUAUAAGAAACUCCCUAAUAAUGAUAUCUAUAUGACAAUAUAAGAAAAAACAUGGUAAUGGUUUUUUUAUAUGACAAUAUUAUACCUCAAAUUCAAAGUGUUCAAUCAGAAAGCCAUGAGAGCAUGAAAUUUAUUAUCGAAUCACCCCUUAUGUCCUUUUAUUUGAGCGGGUGAUUUCAAUCAUACCACCCAGGUGAUAUAUGAUUUGUGUGCAGCGAUCAUGCAAACAAGAUGGCUGACAAAAUAUACUAAGGAGUGAUGAAUUAUUAAGUUUUCAAACUUCAAAGAAAGCUAUUUUUUAAAAUUAUAAAGCAAAUUUUGUAAAGUGUUUUCAUCAAUAUUCCAAACGACAUGUGAUUUGAAAUAAAAAGUGACAAAUACUUGCGUUAUUAAUAAAAAAAUAAAACAUCAUAUUAACAAAGGUAUGUGGCAAGUUUUAUAUUCUCAACUUGGAGGCUUUUAAUUUUCAGUAUAAUAUAUCAUUUAUAGACCCUCCACUCAGGGGAUUCAGUGAAAUAUUACCCUCACUGAUGAUAUUUUAUCACUUUGGGUAUCACCACUUUGGGUAAUAUUUCACUGAAUCCCCCUCGCUCCAGGUCUAUAAAUGAUAAAUAUCAGCAGAGUUGGCAGGGAGUGCAGGAGGUCUGGGUGUAUAUUUCCCCAGGAAAAGUUUGGGAUUUAGAACCUUGAGUUAAGAGUCUUUUCAAGCAAGUUCUAUAUUAAGUAAAAUUCUAAUUCACAAACAAACAAUUUAAUUUCUCAAUUGGACAUUGUAUGUGCACCAGAGAUAACUGAAUUGAAAAUUGUGCACCAGCUUGUGCACCAAACUAAUCUGACUGUUAGUGUCCAAAAAACACCUUGGGUGUGGCAACCUAUUUGGUUAACAUGGUCAAAAAACAUGAAACAUGUGCAAUAGAGUUAAUAGAUAACGUAAACAGCAGCUUCAGGUAUUCAAGAAAUAUAACAAAGCUUGUGAGUAAUGCUGUUUAAAGAAAACAUUUCCUUAUAGGCUAUCCAUGGCCAUUUAAUUAACUAAAGAGAAGCUGUCUGCAUUAAUUUAAAUUAAAAAGUAGCUGUCCAUAGGACAGUUGGAUGGCCAGACCAUAAUGUGUAACUUACAACAAGUUCCAACCUUUGAAGAAGAAAUUGGAAGGUUGUGGCAUGUCACUGUUAAUUUUUUGAAAACUUUGUGAGUUGCCCUAUUAAAAUGUGUAGCGCUAUUAUAUUUUAUUUUCAGUGUUGUUAGAAUCAAGGUUGGAAUUUUGUAACAAGUUGUUGUUAAACGUGAUUGCUUUUUUUCUGUAUUGAGUAUUGACAUUGCAUCAUUGCAUGCUGAUAAAAGGCAAUGUAUAUACAUACAGUGCAUGUGUAAUUUAUGAAAAACUUUUAAUCUUAAUUAAAGACCAUGUAAAGUCUGUUCUGCGCAUACGUUCUGCGCAGGCCUACAUUCCAAUGGUCAGGACCUGAGCAUUGGAAUGUUAUUAAUAUUUCGCACCUUCCGAACUUUCUUGAAUUGAAUCUUUAGUCUGUAUUCAUUUACAGGCAUAGCGAACCAGAAGAGUGUUAAAAAUUCAGUAUAAUAUUUUACAACUGUAGCACCAAGUUCAAAAUGUAAACAAAGCGUUUGUUUACAUUACGGACUUUACAUGGCUUUUAAAUAGAAUUCGUAUAAUAAAUAUGAGAGCCCAACAUAUAACUUUUAACAAAGCCAUUAAUUAAAACAGUUUUAAAAGAUUGUAAAUAGAUCUAAUGAAAAUAGAUUUAAAAUGUAAAUAGAUUUAAAUAGAUCUAAUGAAAAAUCAGGAGGUUUAGAUUCAACUCAUUCCCAGACAGAGACUCUUGUGGAAGUAAGAGGGAAAAGCCUGGGAAUGAGGCAAUCUUGUUCCCCGAGCCUGUGAGGCUCGGGAAGGAAUGCGAGGCUCUGGGAUAGUCCGUUUCAGGGAGGAAUCUGAUUGGCCAGUGUUGAUAUGGAAUGCGCAGUUCGGUUUCCGGCAACGGACUAUCCCAGAGCCUCGCGUUCCUUCCCAAGGAUUGCAGGCUCAGGGAAUGAGAUUGGGGAAUGAGGUUGGUUGAGAUUCAAAUUGAGAGAUUGGGAGGAACAUAUGGAAAUUUGGAGACUCAAAUCGGGUGUUGGGUACAACAUAUGGUACAAUAUCAGUAGGGUUGUAUUAAACUCUUAAAUCAUGUUUAACCCAUUGAGCACCAGCACUCUCCGUUUGACAGGCCUUGACAAGUAAAAUUGUCUGGCAUUAGAGUAAAAUAAAAAUUAAAAGUAGGGUGCAUUGGAGCACAAUGCAACUUAAUUGGGUCAACUAUAUAUUACAAUCUUGAACUGUCUGUGCCAGUGUAGCUUAUUACACAAGAUAUCAAUAAUUAUCCAGAUCUCAGCCAUUCUAUUCACCUCAUCCUUUCACAGAUAAACAUGUGAUACUAUCUGAAUAUUAUGUUCAGUCUCACUCCAUAAUUGUUCAUCAUGUGAAACAACCUUUUGCAGUGUUUUCCUUUGAGUGAUAGUUACAUGUUAUACCAAAUAAGCAAGAGCAAUUUGCUCAAAAAGGUGCAUAGUGGAAAACUAUCUAAUUCGGGAUGGAUCAUUAGAAAAGUGAAGAGUGGUACAGGGGGUGGGGAAGUUUCUGCAAUGCAUGGAUUUUUUACAUGUACGUUUCACUUAGUGUGCAUGUUUUUUUUUGUGAUAUAUUUUUUCUGCCACCUUCUGCUGUAUGGAUAUUUAUAGAAAGUUUUUGAUUGUAUGGAUUUUCCCCCAUCCCCCUUUACUUCUCUAAUGGUCCUUCCCUUACUGUCAACUUUAGGUCAACAACGAUGUUGUCUUCAAAAAUAUGUCGAUUCAGGAGUUUUAUCAACUAUAGAUGUUUUGUUUUACAGGUAAUUGUUUAUGUAGAAUACCAAUUCAACAGGAUACAACUGUAGGGUGGUCUGAGGGAGUACAACUACAAUGUCAAUCUCUUACCCACAGCAUAUAUGCCACAGAACACAUCAGUCACUAGGAGUCAAACCAUGAUAGGUUCAUAUUUUUCUCUGGACCAUCUUUUGAAUACACGUUGCAUUUUGGGUGUGUCGGGAGCGUAAAAUAGAGCUACAUUAUAUACAAUCUCACAACCCCAGUUACCCCACAGUGAAAUGGUUAUUUAUUGGUGGUGGUUGGCUCUAUUUAGGCAUGUUCUAAACUUAAUUGACAAUGGAAAUCAUACCGACCUGUUCUUCAUUUUUCAUCAUAGGUUCACAAUAAGUUCUUAAAUAUAUAUUUGAAAGGCAUGUUAAGCAAUUAACUACAGACUACAGCUGUGAUCUUGUUCUUUUUAGCCACCUGCUUUCCACUGCACUGUUCCAGUUCGAAGGUACGUUCUCAAAAAUCAACACGAUAUUAAAACUCCCACAUCAGAUUUGUUAAGGUGAGGUUGCAUACUUGUGUUGGCAUUGCAUGCUCCAAACUAGUUCAUACUAAGAUUGUUACCACAACACAGUCCUGCAGCAAUUGUCUUUAGAAGCCUGUUAUGAAAAGCCUGUUUGCAAACAUAUCUUCAAUUGACAAGAUAUGAAUAGGCAAAAAUGGUAUGAAAUGUUCCUCAGUAUCCGUUAAGAAAUGUAAUUUGUUAAAAUGGCAUGGUUGAACUUAUACUAAAAAUGGGUCCUCUGGCAGGAAUCCAAACCAUGGCCGGAUUUUGAGAGGAGAUGUGGGGCGGUCCGCACCUCCCCUGAGAUCGUUUUGCACCUCCCUGAAAAGUCAUUCACCUCCCCUUGGGAAAUUUUCAAUGACAGAGCAAAGUGAACAUUUGACCUUUUUUUGGUUGCUUAGGGUCUAUACUUCGUAAGAACGUUUUUCUGUAAAAUUGAAACAGUGAUAGCCAUUUAUCUCUGUGUCAAGUACCCUUUUAAUGCAAUGUUUUGAAAGAAACUUUGUAGUAAUUGUAAUGAAGGGCAAAAUUGGAUGAAUUGUACAGUCAUAAUUCAUUUAAUACAUACGUACACUACAUGCAUACGUCACGUCGUUGAUGUUGGCCUAUUCUAAGCCCUAACUUUCCAUGGGGUCGUGAGCUAGACUGCUGCACCUCCUCUAAAUAUUUUCCUGAAUUCCACCUCCCCCACUAGUUCCACCAAAAUCCGGCCUUGAUCCAAACUGCGUUAUACAUACAGUACAUGAACUUGCGAUUAGAGCUCUACAACUGGACUCUGUAGCUCAGUUUGUUAGAGCGCUGCACCGAAAUCACAGGGCCGCUCGAGGUUCGAUCCCUGCCAGAGGGCCUAUAGUUGCAUUUUUCGCAACUACUCCCGGUUAGGUCUAAUGAAUGUAUAGAACUGAUUGUAUACUACUAUAUUACUUUAUCUAGUUGUUCAGCCUCUAUUACGAGAAUUAAGAAGAGCGUAUAUCCACGUGUGUAUAAAGUACGCUUACAAAAGGCUGAUGGAUCAAGCUAUAUCAUACGUUACCACGAGCCUCGAGAACUCGUACGUCUGCCAGUAGAUCCCAACAGUCUCACAGAGGAGGAGAAACAAGCAAGAUUGAAUCGUUUGAAACCGGAAAAAGAAAUUGAAGUUCAUGAAUUUGACGAUGAAGAAACGGAAAUCAUUCAAAGAUCUUGGAAAGAUUUUGUUGCAUCAAGAUAACAUGGGACAUAAUUAUACUAUAUUUGACGAGUUCGGGAGAAGUCCCUUUGCAUGCCUUUGAGAUUAGCCAGGGUUAACCCUGGUUGAUGAGGUCUUCGUGGACUUGAUGUGUGAAACUAUUAAGCCUAUUUGUCACCCGCAGCUAGCAUUUCAAAGCGAGGGGCUAUUCACUUCAAAAUGGGAACAGCCUACCAGGAUUUUUUUAUCUGAAUAUGUGUCAAUUUUGUCAAUUUCAAAAACCAAUAAACUACACCCUAGAGUCUCAUUCUACAUUCCACCAGUUUUUUCCAGGCGUAACGGAUUUUUGGAGCGAAAUGCCCCUCGAUUCCAAAUCGUAUUAUAAUAUUAGUUUAUUACAAUAGUACAGAUUAAACCUAUAUGUUAGUAGAAAUGUUAUAGUAAACUUUCUAUUAAAAUGCCUAUACUUGAUUAUAAACAACUUACAACAGUUACAGUAGCUUGUAAUGCCUAAUGGUGUAAAUAGCAGACUCUUGUGUGAAAAGAACUUGAUGUUUCACAUUUACUAUAAUUAUUUUUAAAUAUAAAUAAUAUUUUGUGUGCAACAUACGGAGGAAUUAAAUUAAUAAAUGAAACAAAUAGUUGAAGCAAAAUUUAUACAUACACUACAAUAGUUAUUUUUACAUCUUCACUGGAAACAAUACAUAAUUCAUUUCUACUCUACCGAAUAGUCACAAAUAAAAUAAUUUAAUAUUUUUCAAAAUUUUCCAAUGCUAUUUCGACAUACAUACAUAUUUCCAGUUGUUUAUUUUGAAGGUACAUAUGAUUAACGAGAUGCAAAACAGCAAGUAUGAUGGCUUUGUAUGAGUUGAUGGUGCAUUAUAUUCAUCUGCAGAACAUAAUAAACGUUUCUGUGUAUAGUAUCAAUUGAAGAUGAGACUAUUAAUGAAUCUCAAUUUGCCGCACAGAUAUAUAUUGACCUAAUCAACUAAGUUAUGUUUAUACUCGUCACUCAAUUCACCCAAUUCAUAUGUUCUCAUAAUCUGAGCAUAAAAUGGAAGUAACAAGGUAACUAAGCAUAUUCAGUGAAUAGAAUGCAAAUUUCCUUAGUUCCAGUCCUCUCUAGGGCAAAAAUCAGUGGGGUGAGGGAGGCAACUGUCCCCCAAUAAUUUCCGAAAAGCUUUGAAUGAUAGCAGAAUGUGCACAACAAAGCUGUGACCAUUAUUUUUUCGACCAUAAAAGCAUUGUAGGCUAUAGAUUAAGCUAUAUAGUGCACAUUCUCGCCCCAGAGCCAUUUUUACUCCGUCACUUGUUGAAAAUGAAAAUUAGGCUCUGGGUUAGACGACUAAAGGGAGAGAACUCAUUGGCUUCUCAGAGAACUGCUAUCUCCCAGAAGUUGAGCAGUUUUCGCUAGGCGAAAUUAUUCUAUCAAAAUAUUUCUCUGUGAAAAUUGUUAUGGGUGCAAAAGCGUCCCAAUUCAAGAGUAUGCGCUUUAGAAACUACUCCAAAUUUUCUUGCACUUCCGGUUCCGUGUGUCCCAGGGCCUAUGAAAAUCGCGAGAGGCCCUGGGAACGAAGGGGGAAUAGUGCAUGAAAUUAACGCAAACAAGUUUAAUUAAAGAACUAAGAUUUUCAGCAACAAACAGUGGUCAUAUAGUGGCAACUGAAACGUCCGCCACUGCAAAAAUUAUUACUCAACCAACAUCUUAAAGAUGAUGUCCACCCCUGUGCACAUGCGCGAACUUUGUUUACGUUUUGGUGCGCUAUACUUGUAAAUGAAUAUAAACUGUACGUUUCAAUUAAAAAAAGUUCGAAAAAUGCAAAAUUUGGGCAAUGUUUAUAUCUGGGGGUCCCCCUUUGUUAUGAGCAGAACUGAUGCGCAGAACGGAGUGGACAUCAUCUUUAAGAAAAAGCUGCCACAAGGUCAAGUAAUCUCAUUUUGACCCUAGAGGACUGCAUUAGCAAAUAUUGCAUUAUCAAAAUGUUCUGUUGUGUGCCAAUACAUGGCUGUAUGAUUAUGCAUGGACAAAGAGUAAAUUAUUUAGUACCUGUUUCUUGCCUGUAUAAAUAGUUUCUAUAGUAAUUUCUUUUUUAAUAUUUCGAACACCAUUCUGCGACGGAAGUAAGGCAUAUGAUGCUAGAUAAGAG